CGCACAGUUGCAACUCGAUUUGUGUACCAGCAGCAACGAACAUGUUAACCAACUCACUCAAGAGCCGCGAAGGUGCGUGUGCAGGGCUGGCUCGCAGUCUCGUGGAAGACCAAGAUGCAUUGAUGAGCGACGGUGACACCAAAACGGUGUGUUCGUCGUGGUCUCUGGUGCUCAAGGGCGUGCCCGUGGUGGAGCAUCGCCCCGAUGGGACAUCACAGCUCGUCGUAUUAUGGCUCCACCCGUCCAACUUGCACUUGUGUUUUGGCAAAAAGAAGUUGUUUGGGUCGGCUGUGCACGGCAUGCACUUGGCCCACCUCCUAGCCGUCCGUGCAGACGACUGUCCCCCUUUUGCAGCAACUUCUUCGUCUCGGACUCGUACAAACAGUUCGAGCCUCCAGUAUUAUCUGUCGUUCGAGUCGUUUGGGGGGGAUGUGGUCGUCAUUGCAAUGCCCACUCAGAGAGCCCGCGACGCCCUUCUCCACACAUUCCAAGACAUUCUCAAAGUUAUCGACGUUAUGGCGACGGUGCAGGACCACGUGGAGCUGUACCUUCGAACGAAGCAACCAACAUCGCAACCUCUCGAAUCUACGACCACCACUAGUACACCUAGCGGACACAACCAACUCGACGACCACAUGAACGACGACGACGACUCGAACAACAAGAAUCAAAGCCCCCCAUCUCCCCCCAAAGAGCAACAACUUCGUCACGCUGGCCUGCCAGACGACCCUGUGACGGAUGCAGCUACUACAAAAAGCGCUCCGCCCGGCCGAAACAUUGCAGUUGCCGCAGGGCGUCGGGGGGACUGGACGCCAGCCGACUUGGAUGCGUGGCUGCAUGCGCGUCAGCUGAGCCCCCUCUUCGUGCCGCUCAACACGUAUCUAAGCGACGCAUACGCUCGAGGUGAUGCGAAGGCCACGUUCUUCCGCCUCACUCCUGACAUCGUCGACCACGUCGUCGUCAACCAGAACCAGGCGUCGGCGUCGUCGUCGGUGGUGCAGCUGCGCCAGAGUUUGCUCCAGCAUGUUGCCAAAGGGCGUGGCAACAGUCGGCCCUCCAUCUCGGCGUUCCUCCCACGCCGCCGCAGCACAUUUCGACUGUACUAGCUGCUACUGCAGUACAUCUGUAGCCGUGUAUUCGAUUCCUUGAUUUUGACACCUUUUUAACUCAACAUGUCCAAUAAUAUAUAUCUACAGCAAGAGCUAAACCAAAGACUUUC